AUGGAGGCGGAUGCGCUGCCCGGCUGGCUGGCGGGGAUGGAGCUGGCCAGCAGCGGCGAGGUGGCGGCGACCGGCCGAGGGAAGAAGAAGGCGCUCAGGAAGGUCCGCGGCCGCGAGAAGAAGCCCUCCUCGUACAGGAACAAUCGCCGGGAGCGGGAACGCGAGGAGUUCAUCAAGUUCCUCAGGGAGGAGGUGCCCAGGGAGACGAGGGAGGAGGACUACGUCGACGAUUACCGCGACCUCUGGGACUGUCUCUUCUCCGACCGCUUCGGUUCCUUCGACGACCAAACGGCACUUGGCCCGAUGCGCCAUACCUUCGGACCAAUCCCGCCGUACGCCGCUUCCGACUGUACCUUGCAGAUCUUCUACAUCCGAGUCGCCGAGAUCAGCAAAGGUGGUCUCCAGUGGCCUCUGCAUGUCCAUGGCUUGGUUGCCGUCAGGGACUCUGUAGAUCACAAUCGCAACUUCCUCUUCAACCGGGCAAGGGAUGACUGCCAAAUUCUCACCCAAGAGGAUCCAUUUUUGAUAUUAACUGGUCCAUGUCGUGCGCUCCUGUUAAUUGACCCGAUUACUAUUGAAGUUCAGCUCAAAGUAAAGAGCAAAGCAGAGCCUGAAAAGGAUGAAGUACUGGCUUUCAGAGUCUUCGACUACCACAAAGCUUACCAUUCUGAUGAGGUGGAAUCUCCACGGAUCCUCUGCAAGCGCUGCACGCUUGAGUUCGCAUACGCGCCGCUGCUUCCUUCAGUUGAGGCCACCGUCACCCUCCAAGUUGUCGAUGGGUCAUGGGACGAUCGUUUCCAAGGAGUUGUCACAUGCCGUACUACCAGAUUGAAAAAAGGGGAGAUGGUGUUGCUUGACUCUCGGGAUGGAAAAAUGCCUGUCGAUUCGGAUGGUGUGAUCGAGCUUUCGAGGCGUGUUGUUUCUGUAGAAGAAAGGGGACAACUGUUAGUUUCCGUGCUGGCCCGUCCGAUGGGUAAUGACCAAGGUUUGGUUGCAACGGAGGAUACUGCUGUCUUUACACAGAUGAACGCCGGCACAAGCCGUGGCACGUGCCAUCUAGGUUUCUGCAAGAUGCAAGUUACUGUUGCUUGGUCCCUUCUUUCUACCCUGGAAGACGUGUGGCUUGCUGAUGAACACGGUGUAUCUUGAGGGUUUUGUGGAUUGUUUCGACCAGUUUAGCCUUUUUAGUGGUGUAUAUCUGCUGAAACUUGUUGGUAAUACAAGGACAGAACGCACGUGUCGGUGUAUGUACUGCAGAAGAUAAGGACAGAAAGUCUCAAUGAGGACCUGUCACAUUUUGAACCUUGUUGAAACAGACGACCGGAGCUGAGGGCUGGGAGCAGUUCAUGUCCAUUCUAGAGCCAAUUGUUGCACAUACAUUGCGGUGAUUCAGAGUCUGAUAAUUCAGAGUGGGGAUAUAGGAUGGCAUCAAAAACUGAUUCAGGUUUUUGCGCAACUCUUGUUUGGAGAAAUGCCCCGAAUCCAAACAUGCACUGAGUUUCUCUCGUACCUGUGAUGGAACUUCCCACCUGAUAUAGGACCACGGCAACAAGGAUGACUUUGUAUGUUUAUUACAUCUACUAUUUGUAACACUGUCAUCUGGAUCUGAAUUUCUUGUUGCAUCGUGAUUGUUGCCAUGAACACACUAGUUUGUAGUCAACUAGUCAUGGUCUGUUUAAAGAAUACGUAACCUAGAUAGGCCUCAGUACCUGAACGAGUUCUUCAGUUAUGACAGCUCACAGUGACUCUGA